UUGUUUACAUAUGGGAAUCGCAUCAAAAUUAACCCAAUUGGUGCCUGUUGGGUGAAAUCGAAAUUGGUAAUUGAUUUUUCUUUUUUGAGAAAGAAAGAAAGAUUCUGAUUAGUUAGGAAAUAAAUCUUUAGGUGCGUUUGCGUUUUGCUACAUAAUUUUUUUUUUUCUUUUUCUUUUACGCGGCUAAAUAAAUAAGUAAAAAAGUUAAAAAAAAAUUAAACGAACCGUCGCGAUAUUACAACUGCAAACUUAUCUUGCUCCUCCCUAUUUAAAGGCUCUGCCACCUCCGUGUGUAAGUAAGUAACUUCACACUCACUCAAUUCCCAAAUCGCACUUUUCUUUUUAUUUAUUAAUUUUUGGUUCGAGCUCGAUGAUGAUUAGGGAAGUGUCGAAAAAGAAAGCUGGAGAUGUCCACAAAUGUCACGAUUUGAUUCCCGGUUUACCGUCCGAGUUAGCUAUGGAGUGUUUGAUCAGAGUUCCGUACCAAUUCCAAUCCGCCAUGAAAUCCGUUUGCCGUUCAUGGCGAAACUUGAUCUCAUCCGAUUCUUCCUUUAUACAAGAGCGGCGGAGAUGCGGCAAAGCUGAGCUUCUCCUCUGCCUCGUUCAACCGCUCACACCGCCAACUCCAGCGUCUAAACCGGUUGAGGAGACAUUAACCGUUAAUAAAUCGCAGCCACGCGUUUUCUACACGCCGCGUUUUGGGUUAAGCGUUUACAACACCGCGAUGUCCACGUGGCACCGCGUCGCGUUUCCGAAUGAGGAGCGGGUCCCGCUUUUCUGCGAGUGCGUCGUACUUCAAGACGCCGGGAAGGUUCUACUCAUCGGCGGUUGGGAUCCGGAGACGUUACAGCCGACGAGAUUCGUUUACGUUCUCGAAUUCGCCGGAAGGAGGUGGAGACGAGGUGCGCCGAUGAAGGAAUCGAGGUCGUUCUUCGCCUGCGCUUCCGUCGGAUCGACGAAAGUAUACGUCGCCGGAGGUCACGACGAUCAGAAAAACGCUUUACGCUCGGCGGAGGUGUACGACGUUGAGAAAGACGAGUGGUCUACGAUUCCUCCGAUGACGGAAGGAAGAGACGAAUGUCAAGGAUUCGCCAUUGGAACAGAUCAAAGGUUUUGCGUAUUGAGCGGUUACGGAACGGAAUCUCAAGGAAGAUUCAGAUCCGACGGAGAGAUUUACGAUCCAGCUACGAAUUCGUGGUCCAAGAUCGAAAACAUCUGGCGGUUUCCGGAUACUAGCCCGAGAGGCCGCACCGCCGGAGACUUCAGACGGCUAUGGUGCUUCACCGACGACACUGCGUUGUUACAAUGGGAAACUGAUGAUGAUUUGAGAAAUUCGAGACUGCAACUUGAGACUAUACAGCUUCCGAUGAAGACGGGAAGUUCAGUUUUCGCAGGAAGAUUGGGGAGUGAAGCGGUGGUCAUGAUUGGUGGAAGAAAAGAGAGUGAAGAAGGUGAAGGAGAAGUGAUGAUGAAGAUGACGAUGACGAUUGGGAAGAAGAUAGGAGAAUGGAGUCAUGUCCAAAUAAUACCUUCAGCUUUCUCUACUCUUCCAUUUUCACAUGCUUCAAUCUAUGUUUGAAAGAUCUUAAAAAGGAUUUUAUAGUACAACAUUGGUGGUUUUGAUUCUAAUGUAAUUUACAAAACACCAACAAGGAAAAAAGAAUUGCCGCUUUGAAUUUUGUUAAAAUGGU